UGUUACUCGAUUUUUCUUCUCUGCAGGUUUUCAGAGGAUUAUUUAUCUUCUCUGGGGAAAACAAUUGGUAACCUUGUGCGAGUUGUGCCACCCGGACUGUUGGUGUUCUUCCCGUCGUAUCCUGUCAUGGAUAAGAGCCUGGAAUAUUGGAGAGAGCAUGAUUUUGCUAAAAGAAUAGAGGAAGUGAAGCCGAUGUUUGUGGAACCGAGGAACAAAGGAAGCUUUGCAGAGGUAAUGGAUGCCUACUAUGAUAAAGUUACCUGCCCCAAGUCCAACGGAGCUGCUUUUUUGGCAGUGUGUCGGGGGAAGGCCAGUGAAGGCUUGGACUUUGCAGACAUAAAUGGACGAGGGGUCAUCAUCACUGGGCUCCCGUUUCCUCCUCGUAUGGAGCCCAGAGUCGUUUUAAAGAUGCAGUUCCUGGAUGAAAUGAGACGAAGUGGUGCUGGUGCACAGUAUUUGUCUGGGCGUGAGUGGUACAGUCAGCAAGCGUCCCGGGCUGUUAACCAGGCUAUCGGCAGGGUCAUCAGGCAUCGCCAGGACUACGGUGCCAUCUUCCUCUGUGACCACAGGUUCACGACUGGUGAUGUGAGAGGCAAGCUGCCUUCAUGGGUCCGUCCCUAUGUGAAUGUUUAUGACAACUUUGGGCAUGCAGUCAGAAGUGUCUCCCUCUUCUUCCGUGUUGCUCAAGAAAUUAUGCCUGCGCCCGUGCCGCAAUGCCCUUCUGGCUCUGCUGGUUCCCUAAGUGAAGGUGAUGCUGCACCAUCUACUACAUCUGAGCAGAUCCUCUCCCUGAAAAAAGCCAAAAACUUGGAUGACCAUGUUCCCAGUUUGAAGAGGAAAAGAAAAGUAAAUGGAGAUGGAGCGCCCAGCCUGUGCGUGGAAUAUGACCAAGAGCUCGUCUCACCUAGAAGACAAUGCGUUGGGCUCUUGGAUGCGUUGGAGCGCAAUGAGAAGAGCAGCCAAGAUGGAGAGGAGGAAAAUGCCUUGUCAGGAGAGGAAAAGGCACAACGUCUGUCAACGCUUUCCCUUCAGUAUGAGAAGAGGUUAAUGGAUGAGCAGAAAGGAGGAAGGAAGAAAAUAAAGCUAGUCAGCAAUACACAAGGCGACAAGAAGGCAGACGUGGCGGAGCCAAAGAAGGCCCGAGCUACUUUGUACAUCGCAACGGUGAAGGAGACCCUAAGCCAGCAAAACUACGAUCUCUUCUCCAAGGCUCUGCAGCACUACAAGAAGACAGACGACUUCCAUGCUAUGUUAUCUCAGAUGAGCUCCCUCUUCACAGAGGACGAAAAAAAGCAUGUCUUGUUACGAGAAUUUUACCAGUUUGUUCGACCUCAACAUAAAAAACAAUUUGAUGAAGCCUGUUGCAAUCUGACCGGAAUGGGCUGUGGCUACAAACCUGAGCACAGCCUCCUGCGGGAAGAGAGAGAGAUACUAGCCAAGAAAAUAGAAGAAAAACAGAUUCAGCAGAAAACUGCAUUCUCAAAGGACUCCUGUGCUCAGCUAAACCCUGGGCUCCACCUGAACCGAGGAGGAUUCCACUUGACCACAGGACUCAGUAGUGCAGGGCAGAAUCCCAGCCGAGCUCCAAGGAAAGAGGGUGAAAAAGCUUCGGGCUCCAGGAGAGAUCACCACCAGGUGCUCAGGGCUGCCUAUCUCGGCGACGUGAAACGGGCUCUGGACAAAAGCACCUACAGCCGUUUCCAUGAGGCGCUGCUGGCCUACAAGAGGACGGAUAACUACGACGCCAUGGUGUCGGUGAUCGCAGCCCUCACCACUGAGAGGCCAGAAGACUUUCAUCUCCUACAGCGGUUCUACAUGUUUGUGCGCCCUCAUCACAAGGAGCAGUUCAAGCAGAUGUGUAAAGAUUUGACUGGAAUGGUCUGUGGCGAGGGAGAGAAGCAACUGCAGCAGCAGGUGCCAGGUGAAGAGAGCCCUCGGAGCUGGGAGAGCUGGUGCACUAAAGGAGAAAACAGCCACAUACAAGAUGCAACCACUUCUAAGGGUGAGGUGCCAGAGCAAAUUCAGAGAAAGAUUUCCUCCUUCUUUAACCAGAAAAGCAAAGCUGAAUUGCCAAAGACCAACGUAUCAAAAGAAACCAGUAACGUGAGAGCGCCCACAGGCUCUGGAGCUGUGCCCAUCUUUCCUCUAGAGAUGGAGCCAGAGUAUGGUCAAGAAGUGCCCAGGGUGCCACAGUGA